AUGCUGCUAUCUCCAUUGGUUUGGGCCACCAGAGCCUUCUACCUCCUCAGCAGUCUAGCCAUCCUCACCGUGCGUCUGAUUCCUGCCCUCGGUGUCCGAUUCCUCCCAUACGGAGCGCGUGCAGGGGACCAAGCUCGCAGUAGUGACAAGAGCCAAUCCACAAAGCAGACUGAGCCUUCGGUAGGCGGCAAAUUCCUCGACUACGUUGCUACUCUUACUGUCCCGCAUGCAUGGUUCACUCAUUUCUAUGUCUUAUCCGUCGCAUGCUCAUUGGUUUGCCUGUUCGCUUCCCAUCACUAUGCAGGCACGAUCAGGGGCCAGAACAUGGACAUCCCAGUUUUUUGCUCGAUGUUGAUGCUCCUUCAAGGUUGUCGACGGCUGGUGGAAUGUCUAGUCCUUGACCAACAGAGCCAUUCUCGAAUGUGGAUAGGCCACUAUGCCAUCGGCCUGGCAUUUUACCUGGUCACGAACAUCGGCAUCUGGGUCGAAAAUCUCGAUGCCAACCUCGAUCGAGCGCAGAGGACCAAUCCAGAAAGGGAUCAAGGAACUGUUUUGUGGACGACCAAGACGAUGAUCUGCACUUUGCUCUUCUUCUGGGCCAGCGACCGGCAGAACCUUUAUCACCGCUACUUGUCAAGCCUGAAGAAGUACACUUUGCCAGAGAAACAUGCCUUCCGAUGGAUAAUAGCGCCACACUAUACUGCCGAAUGCCUUAUUUACCUCAGCCUCUCCUUCCUAGAUGUCCCUCAUCCACGAGAUCACCAUCAACAUCGCCAGUACAACCAGAAACCAUCCAAGACAUCCAUAAACUGGACACUAUUCUGUGCUGUGGUCUUCGUAAUAGUGAACCUUGGUGUAACGGCUGACGGGACGAAGGAAUGGCUUCGGGCGAAGUUUCCUGACAGGGCGUGGGAGGUUAUCAAGAGAUGGAGAAUGAUUCCCUUUAUUUACUAA